ACCUUACUUUCCCCAGCAGUGGAGUGAGCAUUUAUAAAAGCGCCUUCGAGGUCGAAGCGGAAAAUUCAUGCUAGUAGAUCCAGCAGAGUGUCUAGCUUAGCUGUAUCAAAGUAAAGCUGUAGUUUAUCUAUUAAAAUGUAUUGAACUAAUGAUAUUAUUGAGAAAACCAAUGGUUCGUAGCAGAGCUGGGGGUGCACAGCGAAAAAGAAAAAAAAACGCCGACCCUUCCUUUAUUUCACUCACAGUAUGGUGCCAUGAGGAUCUUGACAUGGAAUAUUAACGGCCUUUCAACAACGCUUCACUACCACCCAUGGUCCGAUACCAAAUCAUACGAGAAUCUAUUAAACGCGUUGGAAGCUGAUAUAAUAUGUCUACAAGAAAUUAAAUGCCAACGAUCAAAGUUAACACGCGACAUGGCUCUCGUCCCUGGGUUUGACGCGUAUUUCUCCUUUUCGAAAGUAAAACUAGGAUAUUCUGGCGUAGCCGUCUAUGUCAAGCAACCACUACAGCCCCGGUGGACUGAGGAGGGUAUUACUGGCGUGCUGAACGCCCGCACACACGAUCCGGAUUUCGAGCCAUUUCUAGAGACGCUGUCGACGGAUGCUCGGGCGCUGGACGCCGAAGGACGGUGCAUCAUUAUGGAUUUCAACGCAUUUAUCCUUUUCAACAUUUAUUUUCCAAACGAUGCCAGCGAGGCCCGUCGUGAUUUCAAAAUGGACUACCAUCGCUGUGUGCGUCGACGGAUCGAUGAUUAUUUGAAGCAGGGAAAACAAGUUGUGCUUGUGGGCGAUAUCAAUGCGGUGCAUGAAGAAAUCGACCAUUGUGACCCUAAAAAGAGCAUGAAGGAGCAUGAAAUUACUGAUUUCAAGGCACUGCCGCAUCGGGCGUGGCUCGAUCAGAUUAUCGUGCCGAAAGGGCCGCUGGUUGAUGUAUGUCGAGAAUAUCAUCCAGAGCGGCGAGGCAUGUUCACCUGCUGGAAUAUGCGAUUGAACUCAAGACCGGCAAACUAUGGCACGCGGAUUGAUUAUGUUCUUGCGUCAACAGGACUGGAAGAAUGGUUCAAAGCUGCUGAUAUCCGGCCGGAUAUAUUGGGUUCUGAUCAUUGUCCAGUCUAUGCUGAUUUCCACGAGCAAGUACAAGACAAGCAGGGCAUAUUAACAAGAAUCGAAGAUAGGCUGAAAUCCGAAAGUGUCGAACCAUCUGCCCUUUUCGCACGAAACUACGAAGAAUUUUCUGACAAGCAGAAAAAGCUAAUGAGCUGGUUUGGCAAAGAACCCGGAGCAACUACAACAGCAGCUUCACCAGUACCGACCACUAGCCCCAGCAACAAUGCUAGUGUCAAUCCUGUCAUGAGUAGUACUACUGCAACAACAACAACAGUAGCAGUAACAUCAACCCCGCAAAAAUCCACAGUUGUCGUGCCACCAAACACUAUUUCAUCAAAAAGAAAGUCAACAGCUCAGCAUCCAUCGCCUAAGAAAGGACAAAAACUGUUACAGUCAUAUUUUGGUGGUGGUGGGGGCGGCCACAGGAUAAGCCGUGAUAAUGAAGGCGGUAUUGGCACCAACUUGGUAAAGGAAGCACCACCGUCAUCAUCAUCACCGCCACCACUAUCAGCAGCAACAGCAGUAACUUCGGCUAAAGGAGCAAACGAUAAAGUCGACGGUAACGAAACUGUCGAUCUGGAAACUCUGAUGAAUGAAGCCAAGGAGCGACAGGUUUCAAAGCAGUCGUGGAACUCAUUGUUCACGCCCAAAGCAGUACCGCUAUGCACGGUACACAAAGAACCGUGUAAGCUAAAGACAGUAACAAAGAAAGGGCCCAAUCAGGGAAGAAAGUUUUAUGUUUGCUCCAGGCCUUUUGGAUCGAACGAACAAUCGGCAACAAACGAAUACCAGUGUGAUUUCUUUGAAUGGAAACAUGAGUCUAGCAACGGGAAAUACAAGUGAAAUGCUCAUGUACAAGUACCAUCCUAGUGCUAAUAAAAAAGGAAAAAGUGAGUCCGACACAGAAAAAAGGGAUCGACGAUGAUGUUGGUCACACGUGGAAAAACGUGACAAUAGGUGUUUGUGCGCCGCGUAACUCCUCUCAUGGCCAAGAGAAAAAAAAAAUAGGGUAGAACGUGCCGAAAUGCUCAUUUGAGC